AUGAAUUUCGGCUGGAAGACAUCAAACGUGCUCCUAAUUUCAAUUUAAUUAUUUCAACAGCCAUUUUUUGCGUUUGAAUUGUCCAAAAGAUGGAUUAUGUGAGUGAUAGUUGCUGUAUUGUAUUGAAUCUCGUGGUCUAGUACUUGUAAGUAGUGAUGAAUCAGUCCCAGAAUCUCAAGAAGGAUGAGCGGAAAAAAGAAGGCGCGCAAACCAAGCAGGUUCCGAAAAAGAGUCCGGAGAAAAAUAUGUCAGAGAUUGAUGAGCAUAUUUUAAAGAGGUUUGAAAUUAAAAAGAGGUUGGGCAAAGGUGCUUAUGGUAUCGUGUGGAAGGCUGUGGACAAGAAGACUAAGGAUGUGGUGGCUAUAAAGAAGAUUUUCGACGCGUUUAGGAACCAGACGGACGCACAGAGGACUUUUAGAGAGAUCAUCUUUCUCCAGUCUUUUCGGAACCAUCCGAAUAUCGUGAAGCUGCAUAGUAUACACCGGGCUGUCAACAACAGGGACAUCUACCUCGGCUUCGAAUACAUGGAGACGGAUCUACACAACGUGAUCAAGCGCGGGAAUAUUCUAAAGGACGUGCACAAGCGGUACAUCAUGUACCAAAUGCUGAAGGCGACGAAGUACAUCCAUUCGGGCAACGUCAUCCAUCGCGACCAGAAGCCUUCCAACGUGCUCAUCGACAGCGCUUGCAGAGUGAAGCUUGCAGACUUCGGUCUCGCCCGAUCAGUAUCCAGUAUGUACUCUGGCGGGGAAGAAGGAGCGGACCCUUGCCUAACGGACUACGUCGCAACUCGCUGGUACCGCGCGCCCGAGAUACUCAUCGCUAGCAAGAACUACACCAAGGGCAUAGACAUGUGGUCGCUGGGCUGUAUCCUCGGCGAGAUGCUGACGGGCAAGCCCUUGUUCCCGGGGACCUCCACCGUCAACCAGGUCGAGAGGAUCAUGGCUGCGCUGCCCAAACCCUCUGCAGAAGACAUAUCAGCCGUAUGCAGCGGCUACGGUUCCUCGCUCAUCCGUGAACAGGCCGCUUGCGGAGGCGCAGCGGGGGCUGCGCUGAGCGCUCUGUUAGCGUGCGCACCCAGGGAUGCCGCAGACCUGGUGCAAAGGCUGCUGGUGUUCAACCCUGCGAGGCGGUUAAGUGCUGAGAGGGCGCUGGAUCAUGAUUAUGUUGCCAAGUUCCACCGCGAACGCGACGAGCCAACGCUGCCUUCCGACGUCCUCCUGCCUCUAAGGGACGACAAACAGAUGUCAGUGGACGACUACAGGAACAAACUAUACAGCAUCAUGGCGAAGGGGUCGCAUACUCACACCAAUGGACACGUGAAGAAGGCUCAGCCCAGUGCCAAAAACCACACUCUUCCCACUACAACUAAGAUCAGCAAAUCGUUCAACGACCCAGAGAUAUCCCGGUCUUCUAAGCCCAAGCAUGUCAGCGCUUCCGCCGACCAAAAAAAUCGAGUCAAAUCCAGGCCCAUAGAACGGCCUCUGAAGGAGUACAGAUCAGACCAGACCAUUUCCAAGCCCAUGCGAGCUACGAGAACUUACGACAGCCACUGGAUGGAAAAUUCCAACUGCCACGGGGACUAUUUCCAGCCAGUGACGAGACAAAGUCCUUCGGAGACCGGCUUCAUGAGUGGUAAGAAACCUUCCGUACAGCAUAGAAGGAAUUCGACCUCUUUUUCGACGAUCACUAUAGGGGGGGAUGCGGACUACAACCAUUUUGUGGGGAGGAACCAGAGGCAUGGGGUGAUUACUGCAAGUGCCUUAAUGGAUUUGAGGACCAGUAUCCGAUGAAUUUAAAGACUCGACUCCGAAUCUCGGUUUUUUAUGCGUAGAGCUUUGGUGACACUUUUUCAAAUAUUUUUAGGCAAAGGCAUAAUGUGGAUUCAUCUCAGAAUAGAUAGAUCGUUUCAUCCACGAAGACGCGCCCCACCAUUCUUCCGCUAAUGUUUGAGUGUUAUCGGUACACACUAAAUUAUCCAUUACGCACACUACAAUAAUGACGCUGGGAUUGCUCGCAUCAAACUUUCCGCAAACCCGCGCUUCCCUCGACCAAAAAUUGGUGGGGCGCGUUUUCGUGGAUGAAACGAUCUUUAACUGUUAUUGUUCCCUUUUUGACUUUUCAGAGAGAAUAGUCAAUGUUUUUUGAAUUUUUGAAAAAGUGUUAUGAAUGUUCAGCAACGCAGUUGUACGCUUUGUAAUUAUUAUUAGUUUUUAUUGGAGACAACCUCUUUAUUAUGGCAGAGAGUGAUUAUUAUUGUUUCUUAAAAAAUAAGACGACUUAUUCAAGUUCUCAAAUACCUAUUUGAAGCUAUUAUUUUC